GCGUCAACGCGCCCUAAGAAGGAAACGGAAAUCUGUCGGUGCUGUUGUGACUGGUGAAAGUCCCAAAACAGGACUUGAAGAUUGCUGGAUGCAAGUUUGAGCCAAGUCAAGCCGAUCGACAUCUGCAAGUUCAUCCAACCUUCUUGCGGUGACGUUGUGCUAACUUCGCAGCCACGUGACCACAUCCUCUGCCUGCCGUGUGACCUUUAACCCUUGCGCAAUAAGGAUUGUUAACAUUGCGGACUUCAAAACAUCCACCAACACCUCACUGAGCCAGAAGGUCGGCAUGGACGCGGUCAAGCUGUCGGUCCGUCCGUCCAGAGGCCUGGUGGACGAGAAGUUUGUCAUCCUGGUCCAGAACGCGCCCCCCGGCGUCCAGCUCACCGUCCACGCCUUCCACCGCUGCGAGGACGGACACGGCUGGGAGGCGUUCGCUCACUACGUGUCCGACGCCGGCGGCUCCGUGGACGUCUCCAAGGAUGUCAGCCUGGGGGGCACGUACUCGGGACUGGAGCCCAUGGGUCUCCUGUGGAGCCUCAGACCGGUUCCAGGCAGCCAACCUGGACUCAGGAUGAGGAAGAUGAAGGUGGAGACCCCCAUGGAGGUGACUAUCUCUGUGCGGCGGGGUCACGGCACUCAGGGAUUCCUGGACCAGGUGGCGCUGGCCUCCCAGGCGGUGGAGCGCUGGUACAUGGCGCCCGGUAUCCGCCGGAUCCCCGUCACGACGGACGGACUGUCCGCAACCCUCUUCCUGCCCUCAGGACCCGGACCUUUCCCCGCCAUCCUGGACCUGUGGGGGGGCGGGGGCCAGCUGGUGGAGUACCGAGCGGCGCUGUUGGCCUCACACGGCUUCGCCUCGCUGGCCCUUGACUACCUGAACUCUAAGAUCACCAUGGAAACGGGCAAGAUGGCGGACAACGCCUACUUUGAGAAGACCUUCAGAGUCCUGCAACAACACCCACAGGUGCUCGCCGACCGCAUCGCCAUCGUGGGUCUCUCCUUCGGCUGCACCAUCACGCUCAGGAUGGCGGCAUACUCGCCCGUUGUCAAGCCCAGGUGUGUGGUGUGCAUCAGUGGAAGUCACGUGCAGCCAGUUGAUGGAACGCUGGAGGACAUCUUUGCUUUCUACGCCCAGCACAACAACAAGAUGGAGUUCAACGAGAAGAACGAGACCAUCAUGAGAAAUAUUCUGCUGCCCAUCCCAGCCGACCCGGCCCUCAAAGUGGACAUGGGUCGCGUGCAAUGUCCCGUGUUGCUGCUGGUGGGCCAGGACGAUCAGAACUGGUGCGCCUGCGAGUCCGCUCUGGACAUGAAGGAGAUGAUGGAGCGUGCGGGGAACAGCCACCUGCUGACCGUCCUGUCCUACCCCGGCGCCGGUCACUUGAUCGAGCCGCCGUACUCGCCGCACACCCGGUCCAGUUCCUUCCGGAGCGUCGGCAGCCGGCAGAAAAUCACCGCCCUGUGGGGAGGACAAUGCGCGGCUCACGCCUCGGCUCAGGAAGACUCGUGGAAGAAGAUGCUGGCCUUCCUGCGUGAGAAUCUGUACGCCGCUUACUAGCGCCCCCCUGUGGCCGCCCACUGAACAACAACCAGCUAAUGUGUUUUUUUUUUAAUGGCAAAAUAAAUGCAAGGUUUUUACGAC